AUGGUGGUUUUCAGAAAGGGUGAUCAUGUGUGGCUGGAAACUCAACCAAACAGUGAAUUUAAUGUGCCUAUCGGGGCAGUUGUGAAGGAAUCUGACUCAGGACGGAUCUUACUGGAGGAUGAUGAAGGCAAGGAGCACUGGAUCACGUCCCGGAACAUGCACCUGGUGCGCCUGAUGCACCCCUCCUCUGCCCAAGGGGUGGAAGACAUGAUCUGCCUCGGGGAUCUCCAUGAAGCAGGCAUGGUGCACAACCUCCUCAUCCGCCACCAGCAGCACAAAAUCUACACUUACACAGGAUCAAUCUUGGUAGCAGUGAACCCAUACCAGCUGCUGCCCCUGUACACAGUUGAUCAGAUCAGACUGUACUGUAACAAGAGGAUUGGAGAGCUGCCACCUCACGUCUUCGCCAUUGCGGACAACUGCUAUUUCAAUAUGAAGAGGAAUAAGAGAGACCAGUGCUGUGUCAUCAGUGGAGAAUCUGGAGCUGGGAAGACUGAAAGCACAAAGCUAAUACUGCAGUUUUUGGCAGCUGUCAGUGGCCAGCAUUCCUGGAUAGAGCAGCAAAUCCUAGAGGCCAACCCCAUUCUGGAAGCUUUUGGAAAUGCCAAGACAAUUAGAAAUGACAACUCAAGCCGCUUUGGGAAAUACAUUGACAUCCACUUCAACCAGAAUGGUGUGAUAGAAGGAGCCCGGAUAGAGCAGUUUCUUCUGGAGAAGUCCCGGGUUUGCCGGCAGGCUCCAGAGGAGAGGAACUAUCACAUCUUCUACUGCAUGCUGAUGGGAAUGAAUACAGAGCAGAAAAAGAUGCUGAAUCUGGGCACUGCUUCGGAGUACACUUAUCUCACUAUGGGCAACUGCAUGUCGUGCGACGGACGGAACGAUGCGAAGGAUUAUGCCCACAUCCGCUCGGCAAUGAAGAUCCUCAUGUUCUCAGAUUCUGAGCACUGGGAUAUCAGCAAGCUGCUGGCUGCCAUCCUGCACCUGGGAAAUGUAGAGUUCGAAGCGGCUGUGUACGACAACCUGGACUGCUCUGAUGUGAUGGACUCACCACACUUUUCAAUUGCAACCAAAUUGCUUGAGGUGGACUCCAGUGAACUCCAGAACAGCCUCACAAACCUCUCCAUCAUUGUCCGAGGAGAAAGCGUGUCCAGGCCUCUGAACAUAGUGCAAGCUGCAGACGGGAGAGAUGCCUUUGUGAAGGGUAUAUAUGGACGGAUUUUCCUGUGGAUAGUGAACAAGAUCAACUCAGCCAUUUUCAACCCAGCUUCUCAGAAGCCGACAGACAGACGUCAGUCCAUUGGGCUGUUGGACAUUUUUGGAUUUGAAAAUUUCAGCAACAACAGCUUUGAGCAGCUCUGCAUUAACAUUGCCAACGAGCACCUUCAGCAGUUCUUCAUGCACCACGUCUUCAAGCUGGAGCAAGAGGAAUACUUUGCAGAGAACAUUACCUGGAAUAACAUUGACUUCACCGAUAACCGCCAGGCUCUGGAAGUCAUCGCGCUCAAGCCUAUGAAUAUCAUCUCCCUCAUUGAUGAAGAGAGCAAGUUCCCAAAGGGAACUGAUGCCACCAUGCUUGUCAAAAUCAAUUCCCUCCACGGCAAAAGUAAAGUCUACAUCCCACCUAGGAGUGUCCAUGACACCAAGUUUGGCAUCAACCACUUUGCUGGGGUUGUCUUUUAUGAAUCCAAAGAUUUCCUGGAGAAAAAUCGGGACACACUGAGUGCUAAUGUAAUGCAAGUGGUUCAUUCCUCCAAAAACAAAUUCCUGAGAGAGAUUUUCCAGGUGGAAACAACCCUACCUAGUCUGGGACGUGGGACCAUCCGGCAUCUUGGAGCUGACCAGGCCUACAAGUCUUUGUCCCACUGUGGCUUCCUGCUGUCCAGAACAUCUGGCCAUGGACAGGGCGCGGAUACCACCAAACGUCUCUCUACUCUGGGAGGACAGUUCAAGCAAUCCCUGGAAAAGCUAAUGAAAAUCCUUGAGCAGUGCCAGCCGUACUUCAUCCGCUGCAUCAAGCCAAAUGACUACAAGAAACCACUGUUGUUCGACCGGGAGCUGUGUAUCAAACAGCUGCGAUAUUCAGGGAUGAUGGAGACCAUUCGGAUCAGGAAAGCUGGCUACCCAAUCCGCUACAGCUUUGAGGAUUUCUUUGACAGAUACAGAGUUCUCCUGCCGUGGGCUCUUCGAGAGCAGCUGAAGAACGACGCUCGGCAGAGCUCUAUUGCCAUCUCUGAAGCAGUGCUGGGCAAGGAUGACAGCUGGCAAGCUGGAAAGACCAAGAUUUUCCUUAAAGAUCAUCAUGAUACAGUAUUGGAGCUGCAACGCCAAAAUGUACUCACAGAGAAGGUUCUUCUUAUCCAGAAGGUGAUGAGAGGAUUGAAGGACAGGAAGCAGUUUCUGAAACAGAGGAAGUCUGCUGUAGCCAUUCAGUCAGCCUGGCGCGGCUACUGCUGCCGGAAGGAUUUCAGAAUGGUUAUGCUGGGUUUUGGACGCCUGCAGGCCCUCUACCGGAGCCGACAGCUCGCUAAACAGUAUGAAACAACCCGGGCUCAUAUCAUCAGGCUUCAAGCCAUGUGCCGUGGGUAUCUAAUGCGUCAGAAAAUAGCAGAGCAGAAGAAAGCUGCAUGUGUUAUACAGGCAUAUGCAAGAGGCAUGUUUGCUCGCCAGAUGUACCAGAGGAUGAAGAGGGAGUGCAAGCUGGAGGCCAGGAAUAUCCGCUUGGAAGAAGAGCAGCGUCUCAUCCAAGUCCUCGGACCAGUGAAAGCAAGGGAAGAAGCGAUGAGAUUAGAGAAGGAACACCUGGCUACUCUGGAGAGAGAGGAGGCAGAAGAAAGACAAAGGAGGAAUGCUCUUGCCAAUAAACCGACAAAUCAGGAUAUUAUCAGCGACCAGGAAAUGGUGGACAAAAUUUUUGGGUUUUUACCUUCUAUGAUCGGAGGCCAAGAAGGACAGGCUCCUCUGGGCUUUGAGGACUUGGAAACAAAGCCUAACAAGCUGGACGAGGUGGACCUGGACAUGGUUCCCAUGAGCGUGGAGCUAGAAGAGGAAGCAGAUGGCUUGGAAGACUACACCUUCCCUAAGUUUGCAGCUACUUAUUUCCAGGGGUCAUCUACACAUACACAUAUCCGGAGACAGCUGCGACACCCACUACUCUACCACGAUGACAAGGACAACGUCCUGGCUUCUCUGGUCGUGUGGGUCAUCAUCCUGCGGUUCAUGGGGGACCUGCCAGAGCCAGUUAUGUUUGCCAAGAAUGCCACCAUCAAGAGUGGCUCUGUGAUGACACAGAUAUACGACACACUUGGCAGGAAAAACCAGAUCCAGUUCAGGAACGACAGCCCAAAUAUGAGAGAAAGCAGAAAGGAUAACAAGAUUUCCAAGGGAAUCUCUUCCCUGAAGCUGAAACGGUCAUCCAAGCUGACAGGGAAGGUGACAGACCAGCUGAGAGGUGGAGAAGAGGCUUUCCAGGAGGACAGCUCCAUCUCCGAGAGACCUAUGUCCAACCUAGAAAAAGUGCACUUCAUUAUUGGCAAUGCAAUUCUGCGCCCUGCCAUCAGAGAUGAGAUUUAUUGCCAGAUCUGCAAACAACUCACUGAAAACAGCAACAGGAGCAGCUAUGCUCGAGGCUGGAUCCUUCUGUCACUUUGCCUUGGUUGCUUUCCUCCUUCAGACACAUUUGUGAAGUACCUGUUGAAUUUCAUCCACCAUGGGCCCACGGGCUAUGCACCGUACUGUGCUGAACGGCUCAGACGUACCUAUGUCAACGGAGCACGGACUGAACCUCCGAGCUGGCUGGAACUUCAGGCAACAAAGCAGAAGAAACCCAUUAUGUUUAAUGUCACCCUGAUGAAUGGCCAAAGCAUCACUGUCCCUGCAGACUCUGCUUCCAUUGCCAAAGAGAUCUGCCAGUUCAUAGCAGAUAAAACCAAACUGAAGGAUGUGUUUGGUUUUUCACUCUACAUUGCUGUGUUUGACAAGGUCUGGUCACUGGGUGGGGGACGAGAUCAUGUCCUGGAUGCCAUCUCUCAGUGUGAGCAGCUAGUGAAGGAGCGGGGCACACACGAGCGCAACGCGCCCUGGAGACUUUACUUCCGGAAGGAAAUAUUUACACCCUGGCACAACUCCCAGGAGGAUCCCAUCAGCACUGAUCUCAUAUACCACCAAGUCAUUCGCGGCAUCCGGUUUGGAGAGUACCGCUGUGAGAAGGAGGAGGAUUUGGUGGAGAUAGGUGCAAAAUAUUGUUACAUCCAGUUUGGAGAUUCCAUCCACAAUGAACUUGUGCAGAAGGUGCUCCACGACUGUAUCCCAGUGAAACAGUUGAAGUCCAAGCCUCUGGAAAAGUGGGUGAGCCUCAUAACCUACGCACAUGCUAAGGCCCCAUACACACAGGACCGUCUCUCCCGUCAGGCUGUGAAGGAACAACUUGUAGAUUUUGCUCGCUUUCAGUGGCCUUUGCUUUUUUCCCGAUUUUUUGAAGUCACUAAGUUUUCAGGUCCCAGCUUACCCAAGAACCGCUUUAUCGUCGCCGUAAAUUGGAAAGGUAUUUGCUUCUUGGAUGAGUCAGAAAAGAGGCUCCUUGAGCUGACCUUCCCAGAGAUAACUGGCAUCCACACCAACAGGGCAGUGAAGUCGUUCGGACAGAGUUGCACUCUCAUCACACUUCGUGCCGAGGAGUUUGUCCUGACGUCUGUGAACAGCGUUGUCAUCGCUGAGCUGGUGGUCAUGUUCCUGGAAGGGCUGAAGAAGAGAUCACCAUUUGCUGUGGCAAUGCAUGAGAAAAAAUCCCAAGAAGACCCUGCCAUCCUGUCCUUCAAGAAGGGAGACUUGCUGAUCUUCACCGAAGACAAAAGGCUGGAUGCAAACUCUGGCUGGAUAUGUGCCCAGAAUGAAAGGACAGGCAGAACAGGGAAUGUGUUUCUGGAAGAGAUCUACAUCAUUCCUUCUCUCACAAAACCCUCUAGUCAAGUGCUGAGUUUGCUGAUGAUGUCUCCAGACCAGAGGAGAACUUCCCAGAACUCCUACAUGGACGAACCUGAUGAAGAGGAUCUCAAAGUGAAGCCUUACACCCUGGAAGAGUUUUCCUAUGAACAUUUCAGAACCCCUGAGAAGGAAUCCAUCAGCAAAGCCGUCCUCCAGAAAUCCCGCGGGCGCAGUCAGCUGUGGGCACACUCGAAGGAGCCCUUGAAACAGCCCUUGCUGAAGACAGCGUGCACAGACCCUGAUCUUCGGGACUUGGCUUGUCAGGCCUUCACUGCCAUCAUGAAAUUCAUGGGGGACUACCCCUCGAAACACGCACACUCAUCGGUGGAAGUCACUGACCAGAUAUUUGUAGCUGCUAUCCAGGAGGAGGUCCUGCGGGAUGAGAUUUACUGUCAGAUUAUGAAGCAGCUGACUGAGAACAGAAACAGGUACAGUGUGACCAAGGGCUGGCAGCUCCUUUGGCUCUGCACUGGCCUGUUCCCACCCAGCAAGUCGCUACUGAAACAUGCCCAGAAGUUCAUUGAGACACGUCAGAAAGAGCCACUGGCCUCGGAGUGCAGCAGGAGGAUUCAGACAGUGAUGAGGAGUGGCUCCAGGAAGUGGGCACCUCAUCCUGUGGAGGUUGAGGCCAUCUUACAGAACAACACUAAGAUUUCACACAAGAUUUGCUUCCCCAAUGAAACAGCACAGACAUUCGAUGUGGGAACAAACACCAAAAUCCGGACCUUGUGUCAGAACAUUGCUUCCAAAUUGCAGCUGAGCUCCUGGGAAGGUUUCAGUCUCUUUGUGAAGAUUGCAGACAAGGUGAUCAGUCAGAACGAAGCUGACUACUUCUUCGACUCACUGAGGCAGGUGACAGACUGGAACAGGAGGAACAAACCAGGGAAAGACGGGGCUACUAUGUCUGUGGCUUACGAGGUGUAUUUCAUGAGAAAGCUGUGGCUGAAUGUAACUCCUGGGAAGGACCUGAAAGCUGAUUCCAUUUUUCAUUACCACCAGGAGCUGCCAAAGUACCUCAGAGGCUACCACAAGUGUUCCAAGGACGAAGCCGUCCAGCUGGCAGGGCUGAUUUACAAAGUGCGCUUCAACAACGACCGCACACACCUGGCAACCAUCCCCAGAAUCCUGAAGGAGCUGGUGCCAGACAAUCUGCUGCGAGCAACCUCACCAGACGAGUGGAAGAAGAGCAUUAUAGCAGCAUACAGCAAACAUGAAGGGAAAACUGUGGAUGAGGCCAAGAUUGCCUUCUUAAAAAUGAUACACCGGUGGCCAACGUUUGGAUCAGCCUUCUUUGAGGUGAAGCAAACCUCAGAGCCAAAUUUCCCCGAGAUUGUGCUGAUUGCAAUCAACAAGCAAGGAGUCUCACUGAUACAUCAGAAGACAAAGGACAUUUUAACAGUCUACCCGUUCAACAAGAUCUCCAACUGGAGCAGUGGGAGCACAUACUUCCACAUGACAAUAGGGAACCUGGUACGAGGAAGCCGGAUCUUAUGUGAGACAUCUCUGGGUUACAAGAUGGAUGAUCUGUUAACAUCCUACGUACGCCUGCUCAUGGACGCUGUGAACAAGCAGAAGAACCUCCCAGCCUGA